UAUAAACAUUUUUAGUUUACUAUUAAUUUUUACUUAUUAUACUUUCACUUUACAAUGCACGACAAAUUACUUUAAUACUAAUUUUUAUGCUAUUUCUAUUUUAAUUUGAUAAUAUUUAGCAGGUACAUCUAUCUGUGUAGAAUUUCAAGUGUUUCAAGUGCAUGCAUACUUAAUUACCAAUUAAAUUGUGACAGAGAUUUUUGUUUGAUUGUUUGCAUACUAUUAAAACUUUAUAUUCAUGUACAAAUUAAAAGUUUAUCGUAACAAAUUAGUGUCAUUGUAUUCUGAAAAUGCAUCAAUUUCCAUGAAGAAUGAUACUUGGAAGCGUUAACAACCGCACAGCCUUCAAUCAGCCACUAUGUCGGGCGGAGGGGGCGGAGGGGGCGGGGGCGGCGGCGCGGUGCACUGCGUGGCGGUGUGGGAGUGGGAGGACGGCGGCGGGUGGCUGCCGCACUCGCCCGCCGUCAGCCGCACGCUGGAGCGCGCGCGCGCCAAGAGACUCACGCGCGUCGUGCUCGCCGACGCGGAGCCCGCGCUCACCGGGCUCGACGUCAACCUGCGCGCGCUCACCAUGCGCCGCGCGCGCCCCGCCGCCGCCUGCGCCGUCCGCCGCGCCCUCUACGGCCUGCGCUCCCCCGCCGCGCGCGGCCGGCGCUGGGACUGGGCCCCGCGCGACGCGCUCUACGACCCGCUGCCCAUGCACGUGCAGUGCGCGCUGGAGGAGGCGUGGGAGGCGGGCUCAGGCGCGGAGGUUCCUCACGCGGGCUGGCUGCUGUCGGCCGCGCGGCUGCAGGCGCGGGCCGCGGGCGGGGCGGGGGGCGGGGGGGGAGGUGGAGGUGGAGGGGGCGGGGGGAGACCGCUGCGCCGCGUGCAGCAGCCCCCGUACCCGCUGGCCCCCGCGCCCCCCACACCGCCGCCGCCGCCGCCCGCACGAUACCGAUCUUCAGGCGAGCGGGCGCAGCCGGCGGCGGAGGUGGCGAGUGCGGCGCGAGCACCGCAGCGCGCGGUGCAGGCGCCGCACGCCUCCCCGCGGGGCCGGGACCGCCGCCCGGGGCUCGCGCGGCAGAUACUGCACAACCUCAACAUAUUCAGCAAUAACAACAAGACCAACAGCAGCAGUCAGUCGGAGGGGGAUCCAGCGGCGGAGUGCGGGGCGGAGUGCGGGGCGGAGUGCGGGGCGGGGUGCGGGGUGAAAUGCGGGGCGGGGGCUCGGGCCGACGGGCGCCGGCACAGCGUGGACACAGUCUCCACCUACCUCAGCCACGAGAGCAAGGAGAGCCUGCAGCAGUCGUCGGUGUGCGAGCUGCUGAACUGCAGCGGCGGCAGCGACGACGUGUUCGACGCACCGCCCUCGCCCCAACCAGACCUGCCCAUCUCCGACGGGUCCAUCGUUGGCGUGGACGUGGCGUCGUCGGCUGUGAGCGUGUGGGUGCGUGCGGUGUCCCGCCCCCAGUGGGGCGCCCUGUGCCCCGCCUGCCUGCUGCCGCUCGCCCCCGCCCCCGCCCCCGCCCCCGCCCCCGCCGCGCCCGGCCCCGCCCCCGCCCCCACGGCCCCCGCCGCGCCCGCGCACGUGGCCGUGGCGCUGGCCGGCUGCCAGCACAUGCUGCACCUGCGCUGCCUCAACCUGCAGCUGGAGCGGCUGCGCGCCAACGGGGAGCAGCUGUACAUCUCGUGCCAGGUGUGCGGGCGGGUGUACGGGCGCGAGGAGCGCGCGACGUGUGCGGGGGGCGGGGGCGGGGCGGGGGGCGGCGGGGGGCAGCCCCCCGGGUCCAUGUCGUGGUGCCUGCAGCCCGGCAGCCUGCCCGCGUACCCGCACUGCGCCUCCAUACUCGUCACAUACAACUUCCAGUCGGGGCGGCAGGGCCCCGGGCACCCUCGGCCGGGCGCGCCCUACUACGCGGUGGGGUUCCCGAGGCACUCGCUGCUGCCGGACACGCCGCUCGGACGAGAAGUGCUGGGCGCGCUGCGCGGCGCGUGGGAGGCGGGGCGGCUGUUCGCGGUGAGCGCGUCGCUGACGACGGGCCGCGACCACGUGGUGGCCUGGCGCGCCGCCCCGCCCCCCGCCGCCCCCGCGCACUACCGCGCCCCCCGCGCCGCCGCCGACCGCCUGCUGCAUGCGGCGCUCGCCAGGCUGCAGCCGCUCCUCUGACGGCGCCCGGGGCUCGCUGCAUGCAGCGCUACAGCGGCUGCAGCCGCACCUCUGACGUCGCCGACGGCCUGCUGCAUUCAGCGCUCGCGCAGUUUCACCAACGUGACUACCACGUGACCGAUCGCCCGCUGUAUACAGCGCUCGAUCGGCUGCAACCGACACGCUAACGUCACCGACCAUCCGCUACAUACGACGUUGCAGUGACUGCAACCGUUACUCGUCGUCGACCGUCCGCU